AUACCGAUAGAAAGUCAGUCGCAGACUUCUUGGAUGACCUUACUGCCUAUCAGGCUGGUAUGGGAAUCUCAGACGAGGUCUUGAUCCUACGCAUCCUGCAGGUUGCUUUGGUAGGAGACGCCGCCCGCUGGCUUCGACUGCAGUCGAGAUUCACGUCCUUGCAGGACUUCAAGCAGCGGUUUAAAAACGAAUUCCUUCCCCCGGAUUACGAAUAUCGUAUCCUGGAGGAGCUGCACAAACGUACUCAGCAUCCAGAUGAGACGUUGGCAGAAUUCGUACGGGCCCUGCAAGAGCUGUACAGCAGAGCAGAACCAACUGCAACAGAGCAGCAGCGAGUAGCACGGGCUAUCCGUCAGUGCCACCCCCGCUUCCGGCCCUACCUUCGAGCCCAUCGCUUUGAUAGUCUUGAAGCGUGGGCGCAGGAGGCUCGUACCAUACAGGGCGACCUCCUAGCCGAACUCGAAUAUCGGCCCCCGCCGCCGCCUGAAUGGGCGUUAGAACCACGCUGUGCGUGGUCAGCGGGAGCAGCCUCGGUCGAACGCCUACCUGCAGUGGGACAGGAUGAGCACCACCGCAAUCCUUAUGCGGAGCCAUCCCGCCGAGCAAUUGAUCCCUUCCGUCAUGGACAGAGGGCGAUCCCCGCAGGAACGAGCCAUGACAGACCCGUCCUGCCUAAUUAUCGUGAGGCAGCGGGAACGGCAGCGUCUGCCGCGCCCGCAGCCGCAAAGGUCCGUCGGCUGUUGGAAUUGCGGCAGCCCCGAACAUUUCCGUCGGGACUGUCCGCACCGAGGGCCGAAUACCCGUAAUGUGCCAACGGGAAACGGCCGCAGCCGACG